AUGAUUGGGACCGUAUCGCACAGCAAACACCGUCAACGCCGAGCCCCGCUGAAGAAAUUCUUCUCGCGAGCCAGUAUCACACGUCUAGAGCCGCUCAUCCAGUCCGCGGGGGACACCCUCUGCUCUAGACUUGGAGACUUCCAAAAGGAGAAACAGCAAGUACUGAUUAAUUCGGGCUGGUCUUGUUUCACCAAUGAUGUGGUCUCUGAAUACGCCUUUGGUAAAUCAUAUAAUUAUUUAGAAACCUCAAAUGACUUCCAUACCGAUAUCCACGAUACCUUAUGCAAUAAGUUGCCAAGAUGGAUCAUGAAGAUGCUUGAUCCGAAGACGCUUUUGUUCAUUGACUUUCAAGCAGACAUUGCCCCCCAAAUCAAAGCCAUCAUCACAGGCGCAAACGACACCUACGACUCUGUCUCACAUCCAACAAUCUUUCAUGAGAUUUUAAACAUCAGCUUGCCGCCUGAAGAGAAGAAACUAGGACGCCUGUGGCAAGAAGGGCAGACGGUCAUUGGAUCCGGUACAGAGACUACAGCAUGGGCGCUUCCGUCACAACAUUCCACAUCCUUGCCCAAUCUUUCAAUCCGGCACAGGCUCUUGCAGGAGUUGAAACCGCUGUUUGACAGCACAGAUGGAAAACCAACAUUCAACCAACUCAAGCAGCUCCAAUACCUCGGAGGAGUCAUUUCAGAGGGCCUAAGACUAAGUUACGGCGUCACUAUGCACCUGCAGCGCGUGUCCCCCGAUACGCCCAUUCCCUGCGGAAUCCCCAGGGAAUCCCAGUCUACAUGUCCUCAAUCCUGCUCCACCAAAACCCCUCCAUCUUCUCCAGCCCCCACGCCUUCGACCCCGAUCGCUAGCUCAACAAUCCGGGCUUGA